GAGUCGGUGGUGCUCGUGGUGCUCGCGGUCCACGCGGAUCUCUAGGCGAUCUAGAACUUUACUUGCGUGUCCUACACGAUCAUAGGCUCUGAUCGCCUAUAAUUCUUCCUCAUCGAGCUUUGGUGCAUCUCCCUAGGGCCGAUUUAACCUUUCGAGGGUGUCACGUAUCCUGCCAUCGAACGCGCUAGACUUGGCUGUUUCGCAGGAAGAUAAAGACAAGCUAUCACCAUGGCGUUUGCAGGGUUAAAGAAACAGAUUAACAAGGCCAAUCAGUAUAUGACAGAGAAGAUGGGCGGUGCGGAAGGAACCAAGCUCGACGUCGACUUUAUGGAUAUGGAGAGGAAAACAGAUGUCACAUACGAGUUGGUGGAAGAAUUACAGCUGAAAACGAAGGAGUUUCUUCAGCCAAAUCCGACAGCAAGAGCGAAGAUGGCGGCGGUCAAAGGCAUUAGCAAACUCAGCGGGCAGGCGAAAGCUUCGACUUACCCUCAACCGGAAGGUGUUCUCGGCGAUUGCAUGCUUACCUAUGGCAAGAAGCUUGGCGAUGAUAGUGUUUUCGCUCAGGCUCUUAUUGAAAUGGGCGAGGCUAUGAAGCAGAUGGCAGACGUAAAAUAUUCGUUGGAUGACGCCAUUAAGCAGAACUUCCUGGAACCAUUGCACCAUUUGCAGACUAAAGAUCUUAAAGAAGUGAUGCAUCACCGGAAAAAACUUCAAGGACGAAGGCUGGAUUUCGAUUGCAAGCGAAGACGUCAAGCAAAAGCAGCCGGGAAAAGAUCUACCAGUCCACAUUUUGGAAGUCCAGUAAAGUCAUCGUCACCGUAUACCGGUUCUCACGUUUCAGACGACGAGAUACGUCAGGCCGAAGAGAAGUUUGCAGAGAGCCUUCAUUUGGCACAAUUGGGCAUGUUCAAUUUAUUGGAGAAUGAUGUGGAACAAGUGGCACAGUUGGCAACAUUCAGCGAAGCUCUUCUAGACUAUCAUCAGCAGUGUACCGAAGUUUUGAGAACAUUAACAGAAACGCUUUUAGAGAAGAAAGAUGAAGCAGCGAACAAACCAAAACUGGAAUUCGUGCCGAAGACUUUGGCUGAUUUACACGUCGACGCAUUACCUCCAUCGGAUGCUAUAAACGGUGGGAACUACUCUCUUCACGGGGCAAGUCGAGCCGGGUCUCCGAUCCAUGACGGGAAGCGCUCACAGCUCGAGCUAUUUCCGGCCGGAAACCCGCCACAAUCUGCCAAUGCUUCUCCGUUGCCAUCUCCGAGUAAAUCUCCAGCAAGGACUCCUAUGGCAAGACAACCUUGUUGCACGGCUUUGUAUGAUUUUGAACCGGAAAAUCCUGGAGAACUCGGGUUCAAAGAAAACGAUACGAUUACUUUGAUUCAGAAAAUCGACGAGAAUUGGUUCCAAGGUAGCGUGAACGGUCGCACCGGUUAUUUCCCAGUAACUUACGUGCAAGUCGUAGUACCGUUACCUUAAGAGGAUGUCAUGCGUCUCAAAACCAAAGACCCUGCAUUCGUUCACCAGCGUCUCCAGCAAAAUUAUCUUACGCUCCAAUUAGCCUAAAUCUCUAUUCAAGACUUCUCUACUAUCACUUACGUUAUAUGGUCCCAAGCUUGUUCGAUCUACGGAUUCAGAGUUCCUCUGUCUUAUUUUGUUUCUUUCGUCUAUUGUCCCAAGAAUAGAUGUAUACGCAUGUUAAUGUACAUAUAUAAUGUUAUAGUGUCUUUUAUUGACGUAAGGACCUUCGCGCGCGCAGAUACAUACAAACAUGAUUACACGGUAAAACAUACGGAUAUAUACACACUAAAGUACCUACGAUUACAGUCCACUGUCAAGGGUGGCUCAUUUCUCGCGUUCUGUACCAUUUCAUGUCAUGAUGUAACAUCUUCGUUAGUUUCUCUCACUAAAGUUCAAUUGCACAAAGAUAUCAGAUCACCAAGACUGCAUUGAAAUUCGAGUAGCAAAAACGUUCGAAUACUCUUACGUCAAGUAUUUUAAUUUACACCAUUAUCAUCGUAUUAUGUAUUAUGUAGUGAAACUUUAAGUUACUUCUUUUUUGAGAGAUAAUGCUUGAUCAGUUCGUGAUCAAGUUUCACUUUAUGAUUUCAUUGGUCAGCUAAGCAAUCGAAGCGUAAUACAUCAUUUACAAGAAAGCCAUCUUAUGUUGUACAUGUUUUUUAUAUACGUUUAUUUGUUGUUUGUUAAAGCGCACGGUUCUUCAUAUAAAAUUCGUUCAUCGAAUCAUGGUGUACAUUUUGAGUUGGUCCGCAUAGCGCAGCGAAAACCGUACUCGUAUAAUAUAUUCGUGCAUUGUAUAGCGAUUCGUUCCCCAGUCCUCCGGUCGUUUGAAGUUACUCGAACGUUUCCUAUUCUUUUUAAUCAUUUAGGUGACACCGAAUAGAAAUUAGGAUUUAGUUUUAAACGAUGUUUAAAAUGGCGGCGAAUCUCUUUCACGAAGUCGUUAGCAAUUAACAGAGUAAACAAUUAGAUUAUCUACAACUCUGUUUAUUACUUUGCAUUGCGAUUGCUUCAAGUCAUAAGAAAACAAACUAUACAUGUAUUUUAGAUUCCUUUGCCCUUAGUUCUACAUUUAUUGAUAUUAGCGUGUUGAAAUUGUUUAGAAAUUAUUUAGCAUUGUUAACGAUAAUAUCUUAAAUGACUUCUUUGAAUGAAUUCAAAUUGCUGAUGUAGUAAAGCAUCUAAUUUUUUCUGCGCCCUCCCCUAAUCCCAAUGUAAUUCCAAGUUCUGGAAUAGAGAAAAGAUAUUAAUCUAAAUCAGAGUACUUAUCACAAUUAUGUAUUCGCGUUACAGAUAUUUAAUUCGUAUCCUUUACUGACUUUGGAUGAGAGUGUAACCGCCAGAAUAAUGAAAGUAAUUGAAAAUCUUGGUUAUUUGUUGCCACAUGGAUUUUAGGUAAUCUUCAACAAAUAUUUGCUAAGCAUAAUAUAAUAAUUAUAGAGUAUGUAACUUACACAUAUGUUGUCGAUGAUGGCGACAACGGUGAUGACUACGACGAUGGCAUUAUUAUUAUUAAUAUUCGCAUAUUUUUCCAUUACUGUUACGGAAGAUACAUUUAUAUCGUAAAACGUUCUUGGCCUUACAUUCUAAAUCGUUCCAAAGGCAAUUUCGUAUAGUUGGUAUUUAUGAAUUUCGCGGCACUUUGAACAGCGUUUCAGUUAAUGCAUUUAUGUUACUUAAUAAUUAUUGUGGUAGUCGUACGAAUUAAAAAUAAUACU